CCGCCUGCAACCUGGCAUCAAAAUAUCCAUAUCCGCCGCACCUUGAAUUCGUGGCCAGAGGCCAUCUCUUAUCUCGACCAUUGCCCUGUUGGAGCCUGUGUAACUCACAUCCCACCUACUGUAAGAGUUUACAGCCCUACGAAUUUUCCGCAAUCGCAUCUCCGUCAUAACAACGCACCCGGUCAAAGCCACCAAACCACCCCCCAAUUCCACCGUCGUUCCUACGGCCCUCAAUUCGCUUUUGACCACUUCUUCUCCGAUAACCACGCCAUAAACCGCUCAUACCGUACGUUCAGUAUGGAAUAUGAUCCUCAGGCGGCGUCGGCCGCCGGCCACAAGAAGAAGAGGGCAUAUGCUCAGCAGGCCUACGAGUUUGGAGCCAACGCCGCUGGGCAACAACCCCCUCUGGCGCAAGCACCGCUCGCUCCUCAAGCGGGUGUAGGACAAGCGGGUGUAGGAUAUCCUGCGCCGCAAGAGCCUCUAUCGGCCCAAAUGUCUCAAAUGAACCUGGGUCCACAACCUGUUCCUCCACCUCAAAUGGCUCCUCAGAUGCAAGCUCCCCAGCCUCAAGGGUUGAUGAAUCAACUAUACCCGUCCGACCUACUCCAGACUCCAUUUAGCGUUCAUGAGCUGGACCUUCCUCCACCCCCGAUCAAUCUUCCUCCCAAUACAAGUGUCACUCCGUCACUUUUUGCCAACUGCCCGCCCAAGUAUGUUCGCUCGACGCUCAACACAGUACCCACGAAUAGCUCGCUGCUCAAGAAAUCGAAGUUGCCAUUUGCGUUGGUGAUACAGCCUUAUACCUCUCUUCAUGACGCCGAGGAUCCGGUCCCGAUUGUGCCAGAUCAGGUCAUCUCCCGCUGCCGUCGGUGCCGUACAUACAUCAACUCUUUCGUCACUUUCUUGGACCAAGGCCAUCGGUGGAGGUGUAACAUGUGCAACCUUACAAAUGACGUCCCUCAAGCAUUCGAUUGGGAUGCAACGCAACAGAAAGCCGUGGAUCGUUGGCAGCGUCCGGAACUCAACUACUCCGUGGUCGAGUUUGUUGCGCCUCAGGAAUAUAUGGUUCGAGCUCCUCAGCCGUUGGUGUACCUGUUCUUGUUCGACGUGAGUUAUGCGGCGGUUACGAACGGACUGCUGGCAACCAGCGCUCGGUGUAUCUUGGAGAGCUUGGAUCGGAUACCGAAUGCCGACCGUCGAACGAAAGUUGGGUUCAUCGCCGUUGACUCCAGUCUUCAUUACUUCUCGAUCCCUCGCGAUGAUGCCGAGAACGGGGAGCCUCGGAUGCUUGUGGUCAGUGAUCUGGACGAGCCUUUCCUCCCCACCCCUGAAGAUCUCGUCACCAACCUUUCCGAAUGUCGGGGCAAUAUCGAGAAAUUCCUCGAGAAACUUCAGUCCAUGUUCCAGGAAACGCAGAAUGGCUAUAGUGCGAUGGGCUCUGCAUUGCGAGCAGGCCACAGGCUGAUCUCCAACACGGGAGGCAAGAUCGUGGUCUUGACCUCGAGUCUACCGAACAUUGGCUACGGCAAAUUAGAGAUGCGUGAGGACAAGAAGCUUCUCGGGACCUCCAAAGAAGGUUCGUUGCUUCAGACGGCAAACAGCUUCUACAAGAGUUUUGCGGUCGAAUGCUCCAAGGUUCAGGUGUCCAUUGACAUGUUCCUCUUCUCUGCGCAAUACCAGGAUGUCGCAACGUUGUCGAAUCUCCCUCGAUAUACCGGUGGCCAAACGUACUUCUACCCUGGGUGGAAUGCAGCUCGACCGGAAGAUGCGAUCAAGUUUGCACGGGAGUUUUCCGAUUACCUAUCGUCAGAAAUCGGGCUAGAAGCCGUUCUUCGCGUCCGUGCCACCACCGGCCUGCGGAUGAGCUACUUCUACGGCAACUUCUUCAAUCGCUCCUCCGAUCUGUGCGCGUUCCCUGCGUUCCCACGCGACCAAGCAUACGUUGUAGAAGUCGCUAUUGACGAGACCAUAAAUAAGCCAUACGUCUGCUUGCAGGCAGCAGUGCUCCAUACUACAUGCAACGGAGAGCGCCGCAUCCGCGUCUUGACGCUCGCUCUGCCUACUACAGAGAAUCUGUCGGCAGUUUACGCGAGCGCAGAUCAAUCCGCCAUCACCGCGUAUUUCAGCCACAAAGCAGUGGAGAGAGCGCUCAGCAGUGGCACUGAGAACGCCCGAGACGCUCUUCAAGCAAAGGUUGUGGAAAUCCUCCAGACGUACCGGAAAGAGUUGGCAGGAGGGAACAUGGGUGGAGGCGGACUCCAGUUGCCAGCCAAUUUACGAGCCCUGCCGGUCCUCUUUUUGGGACUGAUGAAGAAUGUUGGUCUUCGAAAAUCCGCACAGAUCCCCUCCGAUUUGCGGUCUGCUGCUCUCUGUCUACUCUCGACCCUCCCAAUUCCUCUCAUGUUGCAGCACAUCUAUCCCCGAAUGUACUCACUGCAUGAUAUGCCGGAUAAUGCCGGCACUCCCGAUCCUGACUCCGGGGAGAUGGUGCUACCUCCGCCGGUCAAUCUCUCGUCUGAGCGGUUGGCUAAUUAUGGACUCUAUUUGAUCGACGAUGGGCAAACUCAAUUCCUCUGGGUGGGGUCGCAAGCGGUCCCUGCGCUCAUUGACGAUGUUUUCGGACUGGAAGACAAGACCCAGUUGAAGCAAGGCAAGACUCAACUGCCGGUGCUCGAGAACGAAUUCAAUGAACGAGUACGAGCGGUCGUCGAGAAGAGCGCUGAUGCCCGCUCAAAAGGAGUUGGGAGCAUUGUGGUCCCUCCACUGUAUGUGGUUCGCGAAGAUGGGGAGCCGAGCCUCAAGCUGUGGGCUCAGACUCUCCUAGUGGAAGAUCGUGCAGAUCAGGGUGUCAGCUUGAUGCAAUGGAUGGGGCUGUUGAGGGAGAAAGUUGUCCAAUGAUGCGUUUGAUUGUAUCGUAGCGUUUUCAAGUGAAUCUCGAUGAGUAUUAUGGUUCAUAAACCGACGGUAUACUAUGGACAUGAAUAGUGAAAUGCCAUACUCCUCGUUGGUCUUUCAUUGACUGCUCCCACCUUCAACCGUGAUAUCGACCACUUGCAAUCUCAGUGCGUGAUCACAACUACUUUCGCUUCCCCUUUGAUAUGAACGAGUCGGCACUCACACAUCAAACUUUCGCGCAUCUCGAGCCCUUGAACCACGACGUUCAUGAUGGAUAGCACAGGAAACAUCGCUGUAACGAAGUCGUCAUUAACUCUCCGCGUGCACAUAUGGCACUCUCUCCUCGGCUGAU